AUGUCGGUGCCCCGGUGGCGCGCGCUGCCGCUGCUGCUCCUGCUGGGCGCGUCGUGGGCGCGGGCGGGCGCCCCGCGCUGCACCUACACCUUCGUGCUGCCCCAGCAGAAGUUCACCGGCGCCGUAUGUUGGAGCGGAGCGGCUGCAGCACGUCCCACUUCCGAGGCCGUGAACGCCAGCGAGGUGGCGGCGCUGCGCAUGCGCGUCGGCCGCCACGAGGAGCUGCUGCGCGAGCUGCAGAGGCUGGCCGCCGCCGACGGCGCAGUGGCCGGCGAGGUGCGCGCGCUGCGCAAGGAGAGCCGCGGCCUGAGCGCGCGCCUGGGCCAGCUGCGCGCGCAGCUGCAGCAUGAGGCCGGCACGGGGGCGGGGCCGAGCCAGGGGGCGGAGCCUGCCGCUGCGCUGGCGCUGCUCGGGGAACGCGUGCUCAAUGCGUCGGCCGAGGCUCAGCAGGCCGCAGCCCGCUUCCACCAGCUGGACGUCAAGUUCCGAGAGCUGGCACAGCUGGUCAGCCAGCAGAGUGACCUCAUCGCCCGCCUGGAGCGCCUGUGCCCGGGGGGCGCCGGCGGGCAACAGCAGGUCCUGCCCCCGCCCCUGGUGCCUGUGGUGCCCUUGAGUCUGGUGGGCAGCACCAAUAACACCAGCAGGAGGCUGGACCCAGCCCCAGAGCCCCAGAGAGACCAGACCCGGAGACAACAGAGCCCCUUGGCCUCUCCUAUGCCUGCAGGGUCCCUUGUGAUCCCCACCAAGCCAUCAGGCCCGUGGCAGGACUGUGCGGAGGCCCACCGGGCAGGGCACAGCCAGAGUGGGGUCUACGAGCUGCGACUGGGCCGGCUCGACGUGUCUGCGUGGUGCGAGCAGCAGCUGGAGGGCGGAGGGUGGACGGUGAUCCAGCGGCGCCAGGACGGCUCCGUCAACUUCUUCACCACCUGGCAGCACUACAAGGUGGGCUUCGGGCGGCCUGACGGGGAAUACUGGCUGGGCCUCGAACCUGUGCAUCAGCUGACCAGCCGGGGGGACCACGAGCUGCUGGUGCUCCUGGAGGACUGGGGGGGCCGUGGGGCACGUGCCCACUAUGAUAGCUUCUCUCUGGAACCUGAGAGCGACCACUAUCGCCUGCGGCUUGGCCAGUACCACGGUGACGCUGGAGAUUCUCUUUCUUGGCACAACGACAAACCCUUCAGCACCGUGGAUAGAGACCGAGACUCCUAUUCCGGUAACUGCGCCUUGUACCAGCGCGGGGGCUGGUGGUACCAUGCCUGUGCCCACUCCAACCUCAAUGGUGUGUGGCACCGUGGUGGCCACUACCGAAACCGCUACCAGGAUGGUGUCUACUGGGCUGAGUUCCGUGGCGGGGCAUACUCCCUCAAGAAGGCCGCCAUGUUGAUCCGACCCGCCAGGCCCUGACUGCCCGGGCCUCUGUCCGCCUG